CUGCGGUCACAACACUGCGACGCCUCCCGGGGCGGCAGGGCCUCGGCAUCUGUCCCACGGGGACUGGGAAUGGUGGGCCAAGGGAUGGAGGCCCCCGGCAGCACGUGGGGCCACAAGGCCGACCUGAGCCAGCGCAGCCAGGAGAUGCGUGUCCUCGUGGGCCUGCAAGAGCAAGGCAGGAAGAUUUUUGCUCAGUCCUGCGAGGAAAAGCUCCGGCAGAACAGGGAGCUGCUCCCCAGCCUGCAGACGGCCUUGCAGGAGGACUCCAGUAUCCUGGAAUUUGUCCUAAAGUACAACAAACUCCCCAUUAAGGAUGCUUUCGGAGAGGGCCAGGAGCUCGUUUCAGCCACUGAGAGCCUGGAGGUGGUCAUAAAGAAGAUCGAGGCCAAAGUCCAUGACCAGGUGAAGGUGUGUGACAUGCUGCUGCACCAGCUGAAGCAGUGGAGCCAAGCCAGGGACAAGCGCCAGAGGCACCUGCAGGAUCUUCAGGAUGCUGAGACGGACCCUAAGUGGCAAGAGCCACAGUUGCAGACCAUUCGCCAGCUGGGCAAUGACAUCGAGAAGAUGCUCAUGAAAAUUCACAGUGGAGAGAUUGUGACCAACCUGUACCUGAGGCUGCAGGAGGUCCUGAGGAGGGAGCUGGUGUACCUGCCUCGAUACCUAAACCUCCUGUCUGGGAUGACUGUGAUGUACCACGAGGAGCUCACAGCCCGGACUAGCCUCAAAGCCAACGAAGUCAUCAAGAAACUCAUGGCCGAGGCGGGACCCCAGGUCCGUGUGGAGAAGCAGCUCAGGGACCAGUCCCUGGCAGAGCAAAGGAAGCAUAUUGAGAGCCUCCGGCGCCAGGAGGAGAGCGAAAGGCAGCAGAGGCAGCAAGCUGUGUCCAUGCUCUCUGCAGAGCAGGACCUGAGCUCCUCAGAAACGUUGGUGGGUGCUGACAUGGAGGCCACCAUGGCCAAGAUGCAGCGUGAGGCCUUUGUGACCGACAAGAUGGAGAAGGCAAAGACUGCCCUGCAGUGUUCCUGCCUCUGGGACAUCCCCAGCAGCAUCCAGGCACAGAGGAAAUCCCUGGGGAACCUGCAGCAGCACAUCGAUGAGUGCAGGGAGAGGAAGAAGGUGCUGAAGAAGACCCUGCAGGAGCUGGAGACAAAGCAGGCUAAACUGAAAUUUAACCAGCCUGACAGCACCACCAGGCUGCGGGAGGAGGAGCUGAGGGAGAACCUGAAGCAGGAAGAGGCCCGGCUGGAGCAGAUGCGAGCCCAGAUGUUGAAGAGCCAGAAGCGCCUGAUUGAGUUUGAGAACAUCAUUGACAACCUGUUCCUCCGCCUGCAGGGCAUCCUCAUCCCUGGCCAGGAGGAUUCUGUUGCAGUGGUGGGGCUGGAGGAGAAGCUGCAGCACUGUGAGCAGAAGAUGCAGUUCCUGAAGGAGAAGGUGGCAGCUCGGCCUGAGGACAGCACUGAUGAACGCAGCGAGACUUUUGCCAAGGUCAGGAACCUUCUGGAGGAAAGAACUGCGGGUGAAGCACAGAACCUGAAGAUUUCCUUUGAGGAUGAAGAGGCUAUGGAAGAUGACACCUUGGAUUUUGAUGAUGAAGACCAUGACUACAUCCCCAGCCGGGAGGACAUCAAGAAGCAAGGGCUGCAGCUGAUCCGAAUGAAGACUAGACGUCGCAAGAAGAAGUAGUGGUUUCUCCACGUGAGCUUUGAGGACCCCAGGCCACCCCUUGUACCCUUUUCCCAGCAGGUUUAAUAAAUCAGAUCUUCUUCAUUGCUCCCA